AUGAUGAAGUUUGUGGUCCUUGCCGUGCUGGUGGUUGGUGCCUAUGGGUGUGGGCUGCCCACUUUCCCCCCUGUGGUGACCCGGGUAGUCGGAGGCGUGGACGUCAGGCCUCACAGCUGGCCCUGGCAGAUCUCCCUCCAGUACACCAAGGACAACGCGUGGUACCACACCUGCGGAGGAACGCUGAUCUCCAGCAACUGGGUCCUCACCGCUGCCCACUGCAUCAGCAGCAGCAGGACCUACAGAGUGGCGUUGGGCAAGCACAACCUGAAGGAGACCGAAGAGGGGUCUCUGGCCAUCCCCGCCAGCAAGAUCAUCGUCCACGAGAAAUGGAGCUCCUUCUUCAUCCGCAAUGACAUUGCCCUGGUGAAGCUGGAGACUCCCGUGACCUACAGCGACACCAUCAUGGCUGCUUGUCUUCCCACAGCUGGAUUCAUCCUGCCCCACGACGAGCCCUGCUACGUCACUGGCUGGGGACGCCUCUACACCGGCGGCCCCAUCGCUGACAUCCUGCAGCAGGCCCUCCUCCCUGUCGUUGACCACGCCACCUGCACCAAGCCCGACUGGUGGGGCAGCCAGGUGAAGGACACCAUGGUGUGUGCCGGCGGAGACGGCGUCGUGUCCGGCUGCAACGGGGACUCCGGUGGCCCUCUGAACUGCCAGGCCCCUGAUGGCUCCUGGGAGGUCAACGGCAUCGUGAGUUUCGGCUCCGGCCUGUCCUGCAACUUUCCCAAGAAGCCCACCGUCUUCACCCAAGUCAGCUCCUACAUCGACUGGAUCAGCACCACCAUGGCCAGCAACUAAGGAGAUACAGAACCUCAGUUCUACACUUGCAUACAACCAUGUACUAGAAAAACC